UUGUACAUGUUGACCUGUCAGCUAGUCAGAGUUAUUGUCACUCAAGAAGUACCAGAUUGUUUUGAGAUGUGUCACAGAUGGUGCCACCUGGCGGAGGUUCACUUAACGUUGGACAGAUUUGAUAUCAUGUGCCAUUGUACCAGAGCUUUCAUUCGUGACAGUGAACUUGUUAAGCAGAGCUUGGUGACAUGGCCAAAAGAUGGUGACAGUUCCUGUACAGAAACAGAUCAGAGUGCAGAAGUUGGAGAGGAAGAAGAUGGAGAGGAGGGUGAUGGAGAGAAGGAACAAAGUGGAAUAGAAGAGGAAGAGAAGGAAGCACAGGAGGACAGAUUGAUGAAGAUGAUGGGUCUACCAGUAUCAUUUGGUAGUGGAAACAGCCCACUCACAGGAAAGGCACAGAAAAAGAAAUCUCAUGGUCACAAAAAGAAAAAGAAAAGGAAGAGAAAGGCAGAGAUGAAGGAAGAAGAAGAAGAAAAAGCUGGGUUAGAUUUGGUAGACUUUCCUCAGCUCACCCCAGAAAGUGUACUAGAAUUCCGACAGUUAGACCUUGAGGAGGCCUGGCAGGGCUACUGGGGCCAGUAUGGGGAAUAUUUAGUCUGGGAGGGCUGGGUAAACAAGUACCCUGAGCAGAUAGAUUAUGGAAUCUGCAAAGGUGUGCCUCACACCACAGAGGUUGAGGUCAACACAGAGGAGGGGUCAGAGUUAAGUAUAACAGAAGAAGGUUCAAGGGUCAACAAUAGAGAAAAAAUUUCAGAUGUCAACCAGUUUGAGGCUUCUGAGGUCAAUAAUUCAAGGAAGAGUUCUGAGGUCAGAAAAUUACAGGAGAGUUUCGAAGUCGACACAAAGAAGAGUUCAAAUGUCAGCAAACCAGAUGAGAGUUCAAGGGUCAACAACAAAGAAGAGAGGUUAGAGAUUAGUAAAUUCAAUGAGGAUUUAGAAGUUAAACACAAUAUAAAGGAUCCAAGGAUAAACAGUGCCACAGAGAACAUGUUGUCUCACAUUACAACUGAGAAUGAGAGCAGUACAAAUUCAAAUCAAAGUCAAAGAUCAGAGGUUAACAAAGAACAAGGUUCAAAUGGCAAACCAGUUCUGUGUGAAGAGGAUGAUCUGAAUCACAUAAAUGAUACACAUGAUCAAGGAACACAAAAUAUUGAUCAGAUAGAUGACAACAAGACAAAACCUGAUAGUGGUUUGUGUGAUGAUGGUUUGAAACAGGAGAAAUUAUCUUUAAACCAGUUUCAGAUAUCAUUCAAUCAAGCUAUAGAAUCCACACUUAAAGGUCGUGUUGAAAAUCAGCAACAGUUGAAUACACACCAGCAGGAUGAAGUUUCGGAUGCUGAGGAGGACAAUAUGUCUAAUGAGAGAUCAGAGAUUGUACACAUGAUGCAUUCCUAUGCCUCAGGUCCAGGUGAUCAGUCAGUGGUCAGUGGUCAGUGUGAGGAUGAUCACGUGGACCAGGAGGAAGAUUAUGAGGUAGAGUGGCAGGAGAUGUGGAAUGACCACUAUACAGAAACUUACUGGUACUAUUUUAACCAGUUCUCAAUGGAAUUUGACCGUCUAAGCAUUAAUGGGAGUGUACAAGUCCCCACCACAGGGACAAAAGUGGACACUAAUGUCGUUCAGUGUGAUGUUAGCCUUAGCAACAGUUUUCAGGGCAAAACUACCCAUAGUGAUGGUAUCCAGGGUGAUGAGACCCCUGGCAACAUUUGUCAAGGUAACACUUCCUUUAGAGAUGGUUGCCUUGGUGAUAAUAGCCACUCUCUCACAAAUAUUGACUCUGUGCAUGAUAGUAAUACAAAAUACUCUCAAAGUAAAGAUGAAUCCAAGGAUGAAAAGGAGUGUUUUAUUUCAGAAGGAGGGAAUAAGGAAGAGGAGUUGGUGGAUGGUGGAGGCUCUGGAAGGAGGAGAAAGAACAAAUCCAACACAGCAAGUCAAAACACUUCAAAGUCCAGCACUCCUGUCCAAAUGACUAGCCAGACAAGUCAGAGUUUUGGAUGUGGAGGUGAUGAUGACCCUCCAGAUGAACGACCAGUUCAGCUUCCCAGUAGCCAUGAAAUGGACAACGAGGAUGUACACAUGGAUGAAGAAAGUAGGGUACAAGAUCAACUUAGAUAUUUGGGAUUUUCUCUGGAGGAAGAAGUAGGACAAUCUGAAAUAGUUGUUAAAAAGCCAAGAAUCACAGAAGGACAAUUAUCUUUUAAAAGCAAACACAGGAAGACUUAUCUGAACUUGGGUAAAAAGCCGGUCCACAUUAGAUUUGAUGGUGAUGGACAUCAACUCAAAGUGUGCAAAAGUAAAAAGCUGAAUAAAGUGAAAGCAUUUUUAAAUAAAUCUAGUCCUAGUGAUAUAUCCACUGGACCACAGGCUACUAACUCUGUAAUCAAUGAAGAUACUAAGUUUCAGUUCGCUGUAGAUUUUGCUGCAGCAAAUGGAAUAGAAGACAUUGAUUGGUCGGAUAUGUCUGUAUCAUCAGAUGAUGACUCGGUACAAAGUAAAAAGAAUUUUCCUGAUUUGGAGACCUUUUCUGAUGAUACUAAUCUUCAGUGUGAUGCAAAAUCUGCCCCACAGAAGAACAAAAGAAGAAAGAAGAAAAAACAAGGUAAAAUUCCAGAGGAAAUAUCAAAUGAUCCUGAGCUUAGGAAGUAUUGGGCCCAACGUUAUCGACUCUUCACACGUUUUGAUGAUGGUAUCAAAUUAGAUAGAGAGGGCUGGUUUUCAGUCACACCUGAGAAGAUUGCCGAACACAUUGCGGAUAGAUGUCGCUGUGAUGUCAUUGUGGAUGCAUUCUGUGGUGUUGGAGGCAACGCUAUCCAGUUUGCUUUUACCUGUGAGAGAGUUAUUGCAGUUGACAUUGAUCCUGCUAAGAUUGAGUGUGCCCGACACAAUGCUGCUGUGUACGGAGUGGAGGACAGAAUCGAAUUCAUCUGUGGUGACUUCCUUAAGGUAGCGCCACUACUUAAGGCAGAUGUCAUAUUCCUUAGUCCUCCCUGGGGUGGGCCAGACUACCUAAAUGCAGACGUGUUUGAUCUGGAGACCAUGAUGGAACUGAAAGCUUCAGAUAUAUUUGAGGUUUCACAGAAGGUAACAAGUAACAUCGCUUUUUUUGUUCCAAGGAAUUCAGACUUUGAGCAGUUGACAGCCUUGGCAGGUCCAGGAGGUCAUGUAGAGGUCGAACAGAAUCUCCUAAACAACAAACUAAAGACUAUCACAGCAUACUAUGGGGACCUGGUACUUGAUACAGGCUGGAAUCAGGGGACAGGAGAGGACGGCACCUGGAAACAGGAGAGGGACAGUUUGUCUGCAGAGGCCCCAGAUUGGGACAAUGUAUCUACAGAGGCCAAAGACAGGGACUGUAUGUCUUCAGAGGCACAAAACAAGGAUGUUAUGUCUAAAAAGACCCAAGACAGAGACAAUAUGUCUUCAGGGGCUCAAAACAAGGAUGUUGUGUCUAAAGACACAAAAGACAGAGACAAUAUGUCUUCAGGGGCCCAAAACAAGGAUGUUGUGUCUAAAGACACCCAAGACAAAGACAGUAUGUCUUCAGGGGCCCAAAACAAGGAUGUUGUGUUUAAAGACACCCAAGACAGAGACAAUAUGUCUUCAGGGGCCCAAAACAAGGAUGUUGUGUCUAAAGACACCCAAGACAGAGACAAUAUGUCUUCAGGGGCCCAAAACAAUGAUGUUGUGUCUAAAGACACCCAAGACAGAGACAAUAUGUCUUCAGGGGCCCAAAACAUGAAUGUUAUGUCUAAAGAGGCUAAAGACAGUGACAUUAUGUAUUCAGGUGCCCAAAACAGGGAUAUUAUGUCUAAAGAGGCUAAAGAUGGGGACAAUAUGUCUUCUGAGGCCCAAAACAGGGAUAUUAUGUCUAAAGAGGCUAAAGACAGUUAUUGUAUGUCUGCAGAGACCCAAGAUAAGAACAGAAUUUCCUUAGAGGCCAGAGACAACAAGAAUUUAUCGACAGAGGCCAAGAAAGGGAACAAAGUGUUUCAUAGUGAAACAGACAAGAGCAAAGGACAAGAUGGCUACAGUUUAAUUUCAGAAUGUGAACAGUUUGGAUGAUGUGAGGAUAAUUUAAAAUAAAAGGUGCAGGCAUUUGAAAUGGAUAAAUUAAUUAUGUAACUUGUGUGAGUUUGUCAUCGGACAUUCUACUGAUAUCUGAAGAUUGACACACUAAAGUUAUGAAAUAAAAACUGUGCAUGGUUUUAUACUGAUGGAUACAUGCAACAAUGUCCAUUAAUGGCUAUUGGUGACCUGUGUAUGUUUGCUGUGGGGAGGAAACAUAUUCCCUUUAUAAAUCAGUGAAACUGAUUCCCUUUAUAAAUCUGUGAAACUUAUUCCCUUUAUAAAUCAGUGAAACCGAUUCCCUUUAUAAAUCAGUGAAACUUAUUCCCUUUAUAAAUCAGUGAAACUUAUUCCCUUUAUAAAUCAAUGAAACUGAUUCCCUUUAUAAAUCAGUGAAACUUGUUUUCCCUAUAUAAAUCAGUGAAACUGAUUCCCUUUAUAAAUCAGUGAAAUUUAUUCCCUUUAUAAAUCAGUGAAACUGAUUCCCUUUAUAAAUCAGUGAAACUUGUUUUCCCUAUAUAAAUCAGUGAAACUUAUUCCCUAUAUAAAUCAGUGAAACUGAUUCCCUUUAUAAACCAGUGAAACUUAUUCCCUUUAUAAAUCAGUGAAACUGAUUCCCUUUAUAAAUCAGUGAAACUUAUUCCCUUUAUAAAUCAAUGAAACUGAUUCCCUUUAUAAAUCAGUGAAACUUGUUUUCCCUAUAUAAAUCAGUGAAACUGAUUCCCUUUAUAAAUCAGUGAAACUUAUUCCCUUUAUAAAUCAGUGAAACUUAUUCCCUUUAUAAAUCAAUGAAACUGAUUCCCUUUAUAAAUCAAUGAAACUUAUUCCCUUUAUAAAUCAAUGAAACUGAUUCCCUUCAUAAAUCAGUGAAACUGAUUCCCUUUAUAAAUCAAUGAA